AAGGCAUAGGCGGUAAAGGAAUUAAAAAUAAAUAAAUAAUAACAAGAAUAAUAAUAAAAAAUUCAAAAUAAAAACAAUAGACAAAAAUAAUGAAAACAAUAAAAAAGAGUAACAAAAUUAAUUAUCUUCCUCUUCUCUUCAUCAACCUUUGUAACAUAGAUUCAAAUCAACCCCUCAUGAUCUUUCACUUCCCUACUAAAGCUUGUUGCCACCUUAUUGCCGCCUUUAUUGCGAGAUGACACAAUACAGAAAUAGCAGAUAAGGAACGAUCAAGUUCAACCUUUCAAACAUAACUCAAUAUGUACAUCUUCAUUUGAUUCAACAAUAUGUAUAAUAGUGCAAGAAUUUUCUUUUUUCCUUUUUUCUUUUUUAAUUGUGGGAGUAUUUAUGACGAUAAGGCCAGCCCCCCACCAUGGACCGGAGAGCGUUGUCGGGACAGGACCACUUCGUGGCGAGCGGCCAAAAGGAGAGAAUCGCCCUGCAGUUUCUAUUUUGGAGUUUUUUGCGGUUACCGAGCCAAUAUUCUCAACGGCAAUCCACCUGUCCACCCCGAGGGAGAGUUACCAGUCCGAGGAAGCGGACUCGACGAAGGCCGGCAAGGACUACACCGGGUCGUCCUUAGCGAAGGUUGGGGAUGUUGUCAACGAAGAGACCGUCGGACCGGAAGACAAAAGACAAAAGAGAACCCUUUCAUACGACACAUUCCGCCAUGAACAGGUAGACCAGAUUGAUGAAGAACUGCUUUGGAUUUAUUUAUCUUUCGUUUAUGAAGGGUAUUUCAGCGAUGCGCGUACUACUUCGAGUAAGGCUCCCAGCAUUUUUAUCAAGGAUGCUUCCAAAGAAUUUUCAUUAGAUUCAACUAGUACAGGAAUCAGACUGUUGGACAAAGUCACCUAG